AGUUGAUGGUUGAACCUGCAUAUCACCACCACGCACGCCCUCUUACCUCAACUCUUUUGUAUGGUGGUGAUAUAUGCAGAGCAAAAGUUGAACAGUCAAUUAAAUUAUUGACAAGGGGAUUAGUUAUUAGAUUCAUGUCUACUUGUACAGAGAAUGAAAGUGAAGGAAAGGAGGAAUGUUGUGAAAUUUCGAAAUCAAGAUUUGUUAGUCUCAUCCGUCAACUGUCUCACAGUAUGCGUGGUUUCAAGCUCAAAGACCAUUGUAAGACUACUCAAGUCCAUGCUUACAACCCAUCUCAAACUUCCACUAGUAACCCUUUUCCCAAGCUCCAGUACCCUACAAUCAACUCCAUUUUGGCAGAAUCUGCUGAUACUGUGUCACGAUCAACAGCUUUUCUUCCCUAUGGGCUUCCAAGAAGUGAUUCUUUUGAGCCCCAAGUUGAGCCUUGUCUCAAAUCUGUUGAUUUUGUUGAAUCUUUAGCUGAGCUUUACCGCAAAGUUGAGAUGACCCAUGAUUUUGGUAAGGCUUUGGUUUAUGUAGAGCAGUACGCUGUGUUGUACAGCCUUGGUGAUCCAAAGUUGCUGCGUAGGUGUCUUCAAUCGGCUCGUCGUCAUGCUGUUGAUGUGCAUUCCAAGGUGGUUUUGUCAGCUUGGUUGAGGUUUGAGAGGAGAGAGGAUGAGUUAGUUGGAUCAUCAGCUUUGGAUUGUAUUGGAAGACUUGUUGAAUGCCCCAAGGCUGCUUUGCUACAUGGCUAUGAUCCUGUUUUUGGUCAUUGCCAAUGUCAUCAUGGACUUGGAGCACCUAAUAAUGAGAUUGAGAUCUCUCAUUUUGGUAACUCAGACUCACAAGUUUGCUUCUGCAUAGGCAAAGAGGAAAUCAACUGUAUUAGAGGUAAAAUUGCAGCUCUUUCUGCUCCAUUAAAAUCAAUGUUGUAUGGUCAUUUCAUUGAGUCUGAUAAGGAAAGAAUUGAUUUUACACACAUUGGUAUAUCUGUGGAUGGAAUGAGAGCUGUAGAUUUCUUUAGUAGGACAAGAAGAUUAGAUUCUUACCCAGCCAACAUACUUCUUGAGCUUCUUUCAUUUGCAAAUAGAUUCUGUUGUGAGGAAAUGAAAUCUGCUUCUGAUUGUUACUUGGCCUCUUUGGUUUCUGAUAUCGAUGAGGCAUUGCUUCUUAUUGAUUAUGCUCUGGAGGAGAGAGCACAUGUGCUCAUGGCGUCUUGCCUGCAGCUGAUGCUAAGAGAGCUUCCAGGUUAUUUGUAUAAUCCAAAAGUUCUCAACACAUUUUGUAGCUCUGCAGCUAGAGAGAGACUUGCCCCUGUUGUUGGGCAAGCUUCUUUUCUGUUAUAUUAUUUCCUUAGCCAUGUAGCAUUAGAAGAUAACAUGACGUCCAAAGUUACAGUUAUGUUGUUGGAGAGAUUGAAGGAGUGUGCUAGUGAAAGAUGGCAAAAGGCACUAGCUUUGCAUCAACUUGGGUGUGUGUUUCUUGAAAGGAAGGAUUACAAGGAAGCUCAGCAUUGUUUUGAGAUGGCAAUUGAGGCUGGUCAUGUUUAUUCUUUAGUAGGUGUUGCACGAACUAAAUUCAAGCAAGGGCGGCGGUUUUUGGCGUUUGAGCUAAUUAAUGGUAUUAUUUCAGAGAAUAAACCUACAGGGUGGAUGUACCAAGAGAGGUCUUUGUACAGCGUAGGCAGACAAAAGAUUUUGGAUGUCAAUGAUGCCACCAGAUUGGAUCCCACCCUUUCUUUUCCAUACAAAUACAGAGCCAUUACGAUGGUGGAAGAGAGCCAGAUUGAGGCUGCUAUCGUGGAGAUAAAUAGAAUUGUUGGUUUUAAGGUCUCUCCAGACUGCCUUGAACUGCGGGCUUGGUUUUUUAUUGCACUUGAGGAUUAUGAAUCUGCUAUAAGAGAUAUCCGGGCAUUGUUGACUCUAGAGCCAAACUAUAUGAUGUUUCUUGGAAAAAUGAGGGCUGACCACCUGGUUGAGCUUCUCAGUCUGCACGUUCAGCCAUGGAGUCCUGCAGAUUGCUGGAUGCAACUCUAUGAUCGAUGGUCAUCUGUUGAUGAUAUUGGUUCACUGGCUGUUAUACACCAGAUGCUCAUAAAUGAUCCUGGGAGGAGCAUUCUGCGAUUCAGGCAAUCUCUGCUCCUAUUACGGUUAAAUUGUCAAAAAGCUGCAAUGCGCAGUUUGCGCCUUGCCCUGAAUCAUUCCACCUUCUCAUAUGAAAGGCUUGUGUAUGAAGGAUGGAUUUUAUAUGACACUGGACAUCGUGAAGAAGCACUUGCUAAGGCUGAGGAAUCCAUUUCUCUCCAAAGGUCAUUCGAAGCCUUUUUCCUUAAAGCAUACGCUCUAGCCGAUACAACUCUGGAUUCUGAAUCUUCAUCUUAUGUCAUCCAACUGUUGGAGGAAGCACUUAAAUGUCCUUCAGAUGGUCUUCGCAAGGGACAAGCAUUAAAUAAUCUAGGAAGUAUUUACGUGGAUUGCAAUAAGUUGGACCUCGCAGCAGACUGCUAUGUUAGUGCCCUCGAGAUAAAGCAUACAAGAGCGCAUCAAGGGUUAGCACGUGUAUAUCAUCUCAAAAACGAUAGGAAAGCUGCUUAUGAGGAAAUGACAAAGCUGAUAGACAAGGCUCAGAACAAAGCAUCUGCUUAUGAAAAACGGUCAGAGUAUUGUGAUCGUGACAUGGCAAAUAGUGAUCUCAGCAUGGCUACAGUAUUGGAUCCUUUAAGGACUUACCCAUACAGAUACAGGGCUGCAGUGCUCAUGGAUGACCAAAGGGAGAGUGAGGCUGUGGAGGAGCUUACAAGAGCCAUUUCUUUCAAACCUGACUUGCAAAUGCUUAAUCUUCGAGCAGCAUUCCAUGAGUCAAUGGCUGAUUUCUCACAUGCUCUCCAGGAUAGUGAAGCCGCCCUCUGCUUGGAUCCCAAUCAUAAGGAUACCUUAGAUCUGUACAGCCGCACACGUAUUCAAGCACAGAAAAACAACUAGUCUUGGGGAGUAUAUUCUGCUUUGAAGUAAAAAUCAGAAACUAUUUGAGCUUUCAAGAUUUGUUCAGAUAUAUGGAUGGCUCUCUGCACCACAUCCUGAUGUGCACGGAUUGAUGACCUAGAUAAACUGGGUAAUCAUUGAGGAAAGCAGAAAUUGGAUUGGUGUACAUAUGAUUGACGGACAUUGUGGUGAAAACUCCUCCUUGACGAAGCAAAGCAGAUCAUUUCACAGUGAGCAAAAUCAGCAGGCAUACGCACGCUCAAACUACUUUCACAUUGUUGGUCAUUAAGAAUUAAAAUUCUCAGGUUUUUAUCAUAAUAUCCUUUAUUUAUACAACCUAGAAAGAGGUUAGAAAGUUCAAAGAGGAACUUUUCUUCUCUACUUCUGCUAAACUAUAGAGUUGCUGGAAUAUAAUGUGUGCAAGUUCACCCUCUU